CUCGGGGACAUAGAAGAGGUGGUGAUCAUGGAGACGCAUUUGGCCAAAGUGCCCCGGAAAAGAGCUCUGUGUUCCCAGGAUCCCCUCCUUUCCCAAGAGAAGAGCGCAGAGGGAGAAGGGGCCGCUCUGAGACUCACAGCCAGAUCCCAGGAAACCGUGACAUUCAAGGACGUGGCCAUGGACUUUACACCAGAGGAGUGGGGGAACCUGGACCCUGCACACAGGGCGGCGAUGCUGGGGAACUACCGGAGCCUGGUCUCACUUUGGCUUCCCAUUUCCAAAGCCGAUAACUAUCAUUUGGAUGAUGGAAAAGAACUACUGAAGCUUGAGAAAAAAUCUCCCAAAUGCAGUUACGCAGGUAGGUGAGAUUGAUUGGUGGGGGCUUCAGACAUGUUCCGGAGAGUGAGCAAGUAACUCUUUUCUGAGCUUAAGAGACACUGCUAGAAAUGCCCAUGUGCCUUGAUUUUCAAAAUAUUUUAAAAUUUGAAGCUUUUAAGCAUAUAAGUC